GCGCAGACCGGUAUGGAGGCUAGCAAUAACGCUGGUGACCGCCAGUGUCAAACGUAGCUGGCUGGCCCCGGGCCCCGCUCUAGACACGCGCCCGCUGGUCUGGCUGUCGGUCCCCUUCCGCGAGGUUCUGCCUGCCGCGGUAGCGUGGACGUCGGGGGCGUUGGGCGCGCAGCGUUGUUUAACUGUCGCCUCGGCUGGAGCCGCCCUGCGGACUGCCUGAAGACGACGCAGCUGGCGCUGAUGCCCCGAGCUAAAGCGAGACCUGAGCAGCCCGAGGGCUUCUGACACCAGUCACCAGAGACGACCCUUAGGGGCACGUGAGACACAGCACAUCUCUUGCCCAGUCACAGAAUUCCGCGAUAGAGCCUAGUGCUUUUAACCUGGAGGCUACAAAAUCUGGAGGGACUACCUGUAGAAGCAUCCCUCACUGCUCACCAUGCCCAGCUGCCACCCUCGUGAUGGAAGCCCAGGGGGGUGGCCUCUUGUAGCACCCCACUCCAUGCUCAGAGCUGUGCGCCUCCCCAGGCUCCUGUGACCACCGGACAGCAAACCCACCAUGUCUGGACCUCAGCACACGGAGCUAGUACCAGAUGCUCAGGGAGACUCCUGCUUGGGCAGGAGAGAUGAGGAUGCCAAGGAGGGAACGCAGAGCUCCCACCGCAUGCUGGGCUUCAGCGAUGCACUGCUGUCCAUCAUCGCCACCGUCAUGAUCUUGCCUGUGACACAUACGGAGAUCUCUCCAGGGCAGGAGUUUGACAGAAGUAUGCAGAAACUUCUAGCCACCAGGAUUGCUGUCUACCUGAUGACAUUUCUAAUCGUGACGGUGGCCUGGGCCGCACAUGCCAGGUUGUUUCAGGUUGUUGGGAAAAUAGAUGAUACACUUGCCUUGCUCAACCUGGCAUGCAUGAUGACCAUCACUCUCCUGCCUUACACAUUUUCCUUGAUGGUGACCUUCCCUGAUGUGCCUCUGGGCAUCUUCUUGUUCUGUGUGUGUGUGAUCACCAUCGGGGCUGUGCAGGCGCUGAUCAUAGGCUAUGCCUUCCACUUCCCACACCUGCUGAGCCCGCAGCUCCGCAGCUCCACCCACAGGGCCGAGACCCAGCGGCACAUCCUGCUCCUCGUUCUCCGUGGCCCAGCGCUGUGCUUUGCUGCAGCCAUUUUCUCCCUCUUCUUCUUCCCCAUGUCAUACCUGCUGAUGGUGACCAUCAUCUUCCUCCCCUACAUCAGCAAAGCUGCCAGGUGGUGCAGAGACAGGCUCGUGGGUCACGGGCAGCCCCCAGACCACAAUGUGGAGCUCUUCACCUUUGACCUGCAUGAGCCCCUUAGCAAGGAGCGUGUAGAAGCCUUCAGCGACGGGGUCUAUGCCAUCGUGGCCACAUUGCUCAUCCUGGACAUCUGCGAGGACAACGUGCCAAACCCCAAGGACGUGAUGGAGAAGUUCCACGGCAGCCUGGUGGCAGCCCUGGGUGAAUACGGGCCACACUUCUUGGCAUACUUCGGCUCCUUCGCCACCGUGGGACUGCUAUGGUUCGCCCACCACUCACUCUUCCUGCACGUCCGCAAGGCUACACAGGUUAUGGGGCUACUCAACACACUGUCACUGGCCUUUGUGGGUGGCCUACCCCUGGCCUACCAGCAGACCUCAGCCUUCAUCCGGCAGCCCCAGGACGAGCUUGAGCGAGUACGCGUCAGCUGCGCCAUCAUCUUCUUUGCUAGCAUCUUCCAGUUUGCCAUCUGGACCGCAGCCCUGCUGCACCAGGCGGAGACACUACAGCCAGCAGUGCGGUUUGGUGGGCGAGAACAUGCCUUCAUGUUUGCCAAGCUCGCUUUGUAUCCCUGCGCCAGCCUGCUGGCCUUCACUGCCACCUGCCUGCUGAGCCGGUUCAGCACAGCCAUCUUCCACCUCAUGCAGAUCUCCGUGCCCUUCGCCUUCCUGUUGCUGCGUCUGCUCGUGCGCCUUGCCCUGGUGGCCCUGCAGGGCCUACAGUCCCUGCGGCAAGCACAUCUCCCACCAGGCCAGGCCAGUGAGGUGGACACUGACACCCAGUCCCUCCUGCCUGCCUCCUGCUAGCACUACAGAAGCCAUACCCACUACCUGCCCAUCCCACCAAUGCUGUAGAUAUUCUGUCCACUGUGAAACACUGUCUAUCCAGAGGA